AUGACCAAGUUCAGGGCUAGUAACAUCCUGGGCGACCCCUUCGCGCUCGCCACCAUCUCAAUUUCUAUCCUGGCGUGGUUGAUCGCUCUCGUCGCCUCGAUUAUCGCAGACAUCCAAAGUGACUAUGCCAACUAUGCUUGGUGGGCUAUCGCCUACAUGUUCUGUUGCAUCAUCGGCGUCAUCAUCGUUGUUGGUUCCGACACAGGGGUUGUUUACGGUGUCGCGGUCGUUGGUUAUCUGGCUGCGGGGCUCGUAUUCACUACUCUCGCUGUCAACACGGAUGUCUAUCAACCCCAGCCCGCUAAGCAAGCUGCUGGCGCCGGCUUCAUUCUCCUGUCCAUGGUGAUUAUCGUCUGGAUUUUCUAUUUCGGAUCCACGCCUCAAGCUACUCACCGUGGUUUUAUCGACUCGUUUGCCCUCCACAAAGAGCAUGCUGUCGGCUCCUACCGCAACAGCCGGCCCAUGUCGAGUGCUUUUGGUGCCCGCCCGGAGACCGUCGCGGCAGCCACUCCCACCCCUCAAAUGUACACCUCUGCACAGCUCAGCGGCUUUGAGACCUCGACCCCUGUGUCCGGCUUCCCAGGCGGUGCUCCCGGCGCCGAGCACCGGAACUCGUCGCAGCCUCGCUUUGGGACCGGUCAAUCGCCAAACCCCAACGCAGAGAACCCGGGUGAGGUGCCACAGCCAACGGAAUACCCUUACCGAGCAAAGGCUAUCUACUCGUAUGAAGCUAACCCUGAAGACGCCAAUGAAAUCAGCUUCAACAAGCACGAGGUUCUCGAGGUGUCAGAUGUCAGUGGAAGGUGGUGGCAGGCAAGGAAAGCAACUGGGGAAACCGGGAUUGCUCCAUCGAAUUAUCUGAUCCUCCUGUGA